AUUCGCCUACUUCCACAGCAGCUUCUUCUAUCUGGGUUUCUGAAUCAUUCACAUCUCGAGCUGUUUUUGGGAGGACGAUCCUACUGUGCUUGCUUUGGUUGGGGCGUUUGGUCUUGUAGUUCCACAGCUUCCUGUACUGGCCAUUGUAAUAGUGCUCGAUUUGAAGGGGAUAUCAGGGCUUUCUGUACUGGCCUUAAAAAUCCAGCUCUCGAUUUCAAGGGGCUUCCUAUAUUGGCAUUCAAAUAUCUGCACUUGAUUUGAAGGACAAUCCAGGGACCAGAGCUGAGAUUUAUUCCGAGAGUCAUUGCUUCAAUUUGAAUUUUUAGAUUUCUCCUUUCUUCAGCUUUUUGUUGGGUUUCCAAUUGGCAAGUUUCUCGAGAGUCUGGUCUUCAAUCAGUAUACUCUUGCUAGAGAUCCUGCUCGCGAUUACAUCAAUAUUUAUCGAUCGAGAUAUCAUUCCAAUACUUGUGGCAGCUGGACUUGUGAACAUACUGUGAGAGAUAGACAGUGGAGGCUUUGCAGUCUAGAAUUUGAGAGGGGAUCUUGUAUUCUGGACAGACCACUUGUGUCAGGCGCCACUUUCUGCAGGCCACUAUCACCAGGCGAUUUACAUCGAUUUACAGUAACCUCUACCAGUCAACAGCAGCUCAUCUCCUACCAAUCAACGGUGUGAGAAACCAGACAGACGUCCAGAGAACUUUGAUAUUGUUGCUGCUAAAGAGAGGCCCACUUUCACCUUCGAAUUUCAUACAAUUUACAAAUUCCAGCCAGCAGUAUGGCAUCCAGCAGAGCUGAGGCUAUGUCCACCACUUCCGAGGAGUCUUCGGUAGGAUACGGCAGCAUUCAUGAGGAUUCGUCUCACAGCCUCAUGCUGAGGAGAGUCACCCCAGCAUCCGGUCCUGCUUCAAUCAUGGCAAUUGGGAUAGCUGUGCCGCCACACGUGCACGAGCAGACAGAGUAUCCGGAUUUUUUCUUCAACAUCACCAACUGCAAUCACAAGCCUGACCUCAAGCAGAAGUUCCAGCGCAUAUGUGAAAAAUCGGGAAUAAAAAAACGUCACUUCUACAUGAGUGACGAUCGCCUGAGGGAGCAUCCAUCGAUAUGUACGUACAAAGAGCCAUCUCUAGACAUACGACAGCAAAUUGCAAUCCAGCAGGUGCCAAAACUAGCUCAGGAAGCAUCACUGAAGGCGAUAGCUGAAUGGGGCAGGCCUAAACAGGAGAUAACCCAUAUUGUCUUCGCGACGACGAGUGGGGUUAACAUGCCCGGAGCUGAUCAUGCGCUGGCCAAACUUCUCGGACUCCGACCCACGGUAAAGCGGACCAUGCUCUAUCAGAUCGGUUGCUAUGGAGGUGCCACUGCUCUUCGUAUGGCCAAGGACUUGGCUGAGAACAACAGAGGUGCCCGUGUCUUGGUGGUGGCCAGUGAAAUCACUUGUGUGACUUUCAGAGCUCCAGAUGAAAGUCAUGUGGAUGGGCUUGUUGGCUCUGCACUUUUCGGUGACGGUGCUUCUGCUGUCAUUGUGGGCUCUGAUCCCAAGCCGGACCUGGAAGAGGCAGCAUUUGAGAUAUGCUGGUCUGGAGAAACAAUACUUCCAGACAGUGAUGGCGCAAUUGACGGUCAUCUAACUGAAGCUGGUCUGAUGUUCCACCUUCUGAAGGAUGUUCCUGGACUUAUAUCUAAGAACAUCGAUAAAAAUCUCCAGCAAGCCAAGGCAAAUGUCGGCUCUCCAGAUUACCAAGAUAUGUUUUGGGCUGUUCACCCAGGAGGUCCAGCCAUCUUGGAUCAGAUAGAACGCAAGCUGAAGCUAGACCCUUCCAAAUUAGCGGCUAGCCGGGAGAUACUCGAACAGUAUGGUAAUAUGUCUAGUGCCACCGUGUUGUUUGUGCUUGAUCGCAUCCACCAGCGCUCCAUCUUGGGACCUCAUUCCACCACAGGCGAGAGUUCGAAGUAUGGUUUCGUCAUCGGCUUUGGACCCGGUCUGACACUGGAAGUUUUGAUCCUUAAAGCACUUCCUCUCUGAUUGCAGCAACAGAGUAUGUAGAAGAUGGCCAGUUUCCAAGAAGUUGAUGGUAGUUUGAAAGACGUAUCAAACCCUGAUUUUCAUCUCAAUAGAGAUGGGAUAGAUUUGCAAAUAGGCGACCUAGAUUUCCUGCAUCGAGUAUCAAAAGCAGUGUUAUUCUAAACUCUUUCUAAAUAAAAGGUUAACAUCGAACAUCUUUUAUCUUUAUAAAGCUUUAGGUUAUUGUUUUUAGGAUUCCAAAGAAUGUCCAGGACCUUGUUAAGGAAUAAAUGAGAAGAAUGGGGUGUUUAUCUAGAGCCAAAGCCAUGAUGAAAGCUGGAUUAAACUCUCUACUAUCGACCUCGCAUGACUGCAACGUGUCACAGCAAUGAGGUCUUGCAACAACACUCUUACGUUAUAAUAGAAGAACAUGAACAAUCAUGACAAUAGUAACUACAUCGAAACUUCAAUUUAGAAGACUGUGCAUAUGAUCUCACAAGCGAGUCUAAAUACCAAUCAAGUCCUGAAGAAAAACUAGAGUCCCUUCAAAAGGAACCGAUCUAAUUUCUUGCUUGAGUGAACUCCUCAGAGAACUUCACAAAUAAAGUACUGAGGAAAAA